GGUCUGCUCUUACAUGUCAUCCAUCUAACACCCAACUACCCCGCUCCUCCCUUGUGGCCAGUACCCUAGGCCCGGCCCCUGACAGUCCUCGCCUGCUCCGGACCGUAUCUGUUACGGUGCACACACCCAGCAGCGGCUCCAACCAGUGCACCGAGUGGCACCACCUUAACAACAGCCAGCGCUGUACGAAUCGCAGCGGUCACAUGACAUGGCGCCGCCAUUUUGUCUUAGAAGUGAAGUGUGAGGUAAAAGAGAGAGAGAGAAGGGGAGAAGCCGGAAAGGGAGAGGAGCGGCGACGGGACGAGGAGGCAGAGAGAGAGCAAGCGCCCCCUUCCCUGUGGCCGGGUCACCUGUCAGGGAACACCCGCCGCCAGGCUCAUAGCACGGUGACCCGGGUGAGGAGGACACAUCGCUGGAGCACUGCCGAGGAGCCGGCAGGCGUCAGCUCCAUUGACAGUUCCCUGCCCGGCUGUCACCUUUCUCCCAGCGGCGUGUAGGCCCGGCCCGGGGUGUCUACGCGGAGAUGUCGGGUCAGUCCAUCACUGACCGGAUCGCGGCGGCUCAGCACAGCGUCACCGGCUCAUCCGUGGCCAAAGCCGUCUGCAAGGCGACCACACAUGAGAUGAUGGGGCCCAAAAAGAAGCACUUGGACUAUCUUAUCCAGUGUACAAAUGAAAUGAACGUUAAUAUACCACAACUUGCUGACACACUUUUUGAAAGGACUGCCAAUGGUAGCUGGGUUGUAGUUUUCAAAGCCCUGAUCACAACACAUCACCUUAUGAUGUAUGGUAAUGAGCGAUUCAUUCAGUAUCUCGCAUCCAGAAACACAUUAUUUAACCUCAACAACUUCUUAGAUAAAGGUGCUAUGCAAGGUUAUGAUAUGUCAACCUUCAUCAGGCGCUACAGCAGAUAUUUAAAUGAAAAAGCACUUUCGUACAGACUUGUAGCAGUGGACUUUACCAAAAUGAAGAGAGGGAUAGAUGGGGUGAUGAGGACUAUGGCUACAGAAAAGCUGCUGAAAACGCUUCCUAUAAUUCAGAACCAGCUUGAUGCGCUACUGGAUUUUGAUGCAAAUCCAAAUGAGUUAACAAAUGGUGUUAUAAAUACAGGCUUCAUGCUGCUGUUCAAGGAUUCGAUCCGAUUGUUUGCUGCCUACAAUGAAGGUGUUAUUAAUUUGCUAGAAAAAUACUUUGAUAUGAAAAAGAACCAGUGUAAAGAAGCUUUGGAUAUUUAUAAGAAAUUUCUUGCUCGAAUGACCAAACUGUCAGAAUUCCUGAAAGUGGCAGAGCAAGUUGGGAUUGAUCAGGGUGACAUUCCAGAUCUUACUCAGGCACCCAGCAGUUUGCUGGAAGCACUUGAACAGCACUUGGCAUCCCUUGAGGGGAAGAAAACAAAGGAAUUCUCAGCAGCCAGCAGAGCUAGCACAUUGUCCAGUGCGGUAUCUUCUCUCGCAACAACUGGUUUGUCUUUUACUAAAAUGGAUGAAAGGGAGAAACAGCAGGCUCUGGAAGAGGAACAGGCAAGACUUCAGGCACUUAAGGAACAGCGACUUAAAGAAAUUUCUGUAGUUUCAAAUUCUACAUCAACAUCACCCAGCACUUUAUCCGGAAAGAGUGUUCAUACCUCUGCAGCUGUCGACUUAUUUUCAACGCCUGCACCAACAACCAAUAGCAUGCCCAACCUUACCAGUGAUCUAUUCGACUUGCAGCCCGCAUUUGUGCCCACUGUACAGAGCACACCAUCCAUAGCAACCUCUACACACAGCACAUGGGGCGGACCAUUUUCUUCAAAUGGACUUAGUUCACCACCACAGUUGGACAUCUUCGACAUGCAACCUGUUGAAGACGUUGUAAAGGCUACUCCUUCCUUUAACACUUCCACAUUUUCUUCUAAGCAGACAAUGGGACUGAUCAGUGGUUUCCCAUUGCAUUCAGGGGUACAAAACGCAUCCACAACAAUGCACGUCGAUUUUGAUGCUGUUUUUGGAGCAAAAUCUUCAGCACAUGAAAAUCAAGACACAAGAGCUGCAUACUUUACAGAUGAUGUAUUGCAACCAACUCUCUCUCAACAAAGCCAAAAUUCUGUGUCUGCUGGACAGCCGAGUGGAAGGUUCAAGGCAAAUGACCUGGACUCCUCUCUUGCCAACCUGGUUGGAAAUCUUGGUUUUGGGGGAACACCUUCAAAAAGAUCUGAUAUGCAGUGGAAUCAACCUACAGAAAAGAGACUGACUGGUGGCACGCACUGGCAAGCAAGGACAAGCACUUCAACCACAUGGAAUGCUACCCCUGUAGCACCAAUUGCACAAAUGAAUGGAGUACAUUACUCUGGAUAUGCCCCUGCACCAAUGAACUAUCCAGUAACUACACCUCAAGUGCCUGUGUAUGGAAUGGUUCCUACGCAGAUUGGUGCAAAUCCUCUAAUGGUUCCUCAGCCAAUUAUGUAUACACAGCCGGGGAUAAAGCCAACAAAUCCUUUUGCACCUGUGUCUGGAGCUCAGAUGCAGUUCAUGUAAAGUAGCCAAAGGAGCAAGGAUGCAUUGACAACCAAAAACUGGUGAACAAUUAAUUUCCAGUCUUAUGCCAACAUGGCAUAUCAGGGCACCCAUAUUAAUAAAAAGUAAAUUUUCUGUGAACUGCAGUGCUGUAGAGAUUGUUUAUAAUCAUCCCUCUGCCAUGGACUGUAGUGUGACCUGCUCUAAGAAAACAUUUUAUUUUCUUUCUACUACACUGGUGGCUGGCAUAAAUUGGAUAUAUUUUUUUUUUUUAAACAUGAGCAUUGAGGUGCCUUUAUCCAACACUCAUGAAAGGGGUUUUAUAAUAUUUUUGGUUCUAAUUCUUUUUUUAUCCCUUUCUCUAUUCUUAAGUAAUUCAAGUUAUUGUUCAUGAUUUCCUGACUCCCAAUGUAGCUGUUCUCAACAUACUGCUCAACUAAGAUUGAGCAGUAAGAUUGUCAGGUAUCACUUCUGCUAGAAAAAUAUAACACAUACAAUAUUGUGUGACUUCUGGACCAGGUUCGAUCUUCAUAAGAAGUCCAAGACGGGAAAGACAACAUUUUAUACUGCUAUGAUAUAUGAAAAUGAACUUUGGAGAUACACGAGCUGGUAGAUUAACCAGUGGCGAUGCAAUAAGAUGCCUUUAUUGUCACUUCAAAAGUUUGGCUUCAGUUAUGGGUUCAAGGUCAUUUUGUAAAGUGAAAUGUUUUUUAUUCUGUAACAUCAGUAGUAUUUCUGUCCAAGUCCACUACCUUUCUGUCAGGUACCACUUUUCAUCAGUUUUCUUCUUUUUAUUUUCUGUUUCUUUGUAUAUUUUUACCCUUUAAAAUACAACCAUGAGUUUCAUAUGUUGGAGGCAUUACAAAUAAUAGGACAGAACUUUUUUUUUCUGCUGCUUUUGCCACCACAUAAGGAAAGUUUGUACUUUGUAUCAGUAAGCAGGAGUUGCAUAGCUCCUGCUAUUUGUGCCACUUUACUUUAAAUACAGUAAGUACAAUUUUUAUUAUGUAAAUAUAUGUAUAUCCUAAAAUUAUUUCUUCAAUGCCGACGCAUCCUUAUCUUUAAAAUAUAUUUCUUGAAGUAAUGUCCUUUCAAAAAGGAUUAUGAAAAUGUGCAGAUUCUUUGAAAUAUUAGUUAAUGCCAAAUUACUUAAAUAGAUUAAAUGUAUAAUUUUAUAUUUAUUUAAUCACAGUGAAACAUAAAAACAUGUUCAGAAUAGCCUCGGACUUCAUUGCCAUUAUAGCCACUUGGGGCAAUUGAAAUAAAGAAUAUCAAAGCCAAGGUGAAUUGUGCCAGAUGUCAACAAAAUUCUCUCAGCGUGGUGACCGAAAAAGAUAUCCAAUUUUAAUUCAAGUAAUCUCGAAAGUACAUUUCAUUAUGUUAUAAUAAAAAUGGUAUGUGAACUUUG